GUUAAGUCCUCUUCCAGGAAGAGACCCUUGUGGUUUGAUUUUCGUAACCGACCAAUGAAGCUUCGCAUUUUGUGUGGUCGCUUACUAGAGGUUCGAUUGUAUUUAAUUUAGAUGUUUCCAUUUUCUCAAAAUAAUCAUUUACUUAUAUUUGUCCGUCUAUACAAACUAGUUCAUUAAUAGCCUGCGUAAUAAUCUUAUGAAUUAUUCUUGAAUAAAUUUUUCACGUCUUUUUGUUUUUAUGCAAUAUAUAUAUAUAUUUUUUCUUUUCCAGGAUGGAUUUGUAUUCACAUAUGACCGUAUAAAGACCACCUGUGCUGGGAAGUGUGGUAAAAGUGGAUAUGCAGAAAUAUAAACAAUGAAUAAUCCUAGGUUUUUAAUUUCCAAUGGGCGUAUUUUUUAAAAAAUCCUUUUAGAUGAGCAAUUUUUUGCACGUUAUUUGUUAUGCUAGCAAUUGAAAAGAAAAAUACAAACAAUGAAUUUUAAAAUUCCAUCCCUGGGGAGAGUGAUUACAGGGUUCACCUCCUGGGUUCGCAUAGUCUUAAAGUCCUUGAAUUUUAGGGGAAGUCCUUGAAAAGUCCUUGAGUUCCAUUUUUCCUUGAAAAGUCCUUAAAUUCCUGUGCAAGUCCUCGAAAACUCCUUGAAUUUUCUUCAACUUUGAAUGUAGUGGCCUGGAAAGUGUUUUUUGAUGCUUUUUGGUUGUCCAAGACAGAAUAGAAAUCAUAGCUCAGAGAAUUUAAAGGUUAUUUACAUAAAGUGCUCAAUUUUUUAUGCAAUAAUUAACUAUCAAUUUAAGACAAGUGAACUGAAAAAUGUAGAGAAGUUGGUGAAGCAAACAGUUCAAGCCUUAAAGCCUUAUUAGAAUAGACUGGGAAUAUUCCCAGUAGGUGGUCCUUGAAAAUCUAAUGUGGUCCUUGGAAAGUCCUUGAAAAAUUGUUGUAAGUUUUGUAUGAACCCUAGUUAGGUUCGUCAUGAUAUCGGGAGGAUCUAAUGACGCUCCCCGCGGAUCGGCCAGACUUCCCUCAAUGUUGUGCGCGUUCUCGUCAAAUUUGCCCCUGGGGCGACUGGGAACGAGGCUGAAUCAACAAAGAGAAGUGUGACGUUACGCCACGAUGGUAGCAAAAUUCCUGAAUCUCAACAAUCUUUCAUGGCAGAGACAACCAUGUGUAUUGUCGAACAACUGUAG